AUGGAGACAGAUUACGAAGAGGACGAUGACAAUGUAUAUAUUAAUGAAGAGCUAGAGUCGGGAAAAGAACAAGUAGUUGUGUCACAUGCACCUGAUCAGCGAAUUGUGCCCCCACUGAAUUUCUGUCCAGUCGAAAGAUACCUUUACAGAUCCGGACAGCCGUCUCCAGUAAAUUUUCCCUUCUUACUAAAUUUAAAUCUUAGAACAAUCAUAUGGCUUGCCAAUGAAGAACCUCAGGAUACUUUGCUAGAGUUUUGUGAUGCACAUGGAAUUCAACUACAGUUUGCAACUAUCAAUCCAGAUGGAGGAGAAGAUGACAAUCCUUGGGAUGGUUUAACAGAACAUUCGAUAAUAAGCGCGCUACAGACGAUCGUUAAUAUCGAAAAUUAUCCGCUACUGGUCUGCUGUGGUAUGGGUAGACAUAGAACUGGAACUGUCAUUGGCUGUUUAAGAAGAAUUAUGGGCUGGAAUUUGGCAAGUGUCUCGGAAGAAUACAGGCGAUUCACGGGGAGUAGAGGUGGUAGAAUUUUAGUCGAAUUACUUAUAGAAGCCUUUGAUACACACCUGGUGAAGAUUGACCGAGAAAAAGCACCCCGUUGGCUCCUUUCUGCGGUUAAAUGA